GAACCAGCACACAUUACUUGCACCGGUGCAAACUUGACAAAUCGUGUAACAAAAAUGCGAGUAAUUCAUACUCCCCCGCAUAAUCUCCAAAUCAAUCAGUCGUCAGCUAGAAGUGCGUGUGAAAGCAGCAAAUUAUUUGUUCCUGUGCAAUUGAAUUUUUCAACAACAAAAAAUCAAACCAAAGGCCUUUCUUAAGGCCACACCCCCCCAUUCCACCAUGUCUAAAAGGGUCCCCCCUGUUAAGUCGAUGGACAAAGUGGGAUUUGGUCCUCUGGAUAAAUUUAUUCAGAAAAGACCACGGUCAUCAACUCCUGGUUUUGAUCAAUCAGAAAACCACGAAAAGGGGAAGGAGAAUGCUGCGCCUCGUGUUGUUUUGACCGGUCAAACUGCUGUCAAUAUUGCCAGGGGAGAUGAUCAGUCCUUACGCCCGGCCAGUCCAAAACCAUGUACUUCGUCCUCGAUGAUGACAGCUGUUCAAAGCGCAGUCGAACAGAGUGGACUGGACGAUUCGGGUGUUAUAGAUUUAACGUUUAGUGAUGAUGAAGAGACUGAUCACGAUGUAGCGACAUUGGAGAAUACGGACGAGGUCAGCCCCCAACCCGGCCCUUCACGCGGAAUCCCAGUUCCUCAUUACCGAUACGGAGAUUUGUCGGACAAUGUAUACCAACAGUUCCACCGCGAAGUUUUACUGGAUUGGCUUGACGAGGUGAUGAAGAUGAAGGUUCCGGUGCGCAAUGAGACCAAAAGAUUGGAAUUGGAAAAUGCCGCAGAUUGGGGGCAGCAACGUCGAAAAGAUAAACUAGUUGUUCAAUUCGACACAAAAAUUCCCGGCUCAUCCAUCAAGGGAUACUAUGUCCUGAAAGCUGAUGGAUGGAGAAACAAUCUAUUUUCAUACUUUAGGCGGGCCAUGAAAGACGGGAUAUCUCUGUCUCAUAGAGAAAGGAAUAUGGCGUAUAAAGAUCCAGACCAUCCGCUCUAUGACACCAUCAACUCGAGCAAAUCGAGUUCGGAUGACAAACGCCCCCCCUUGGACAUCGUUUACAUCGCCACAUUAUUCGCCAAGGAACAUGUGAAAAUGAGUUUAAUUGACAUAAUGAAGAAAGAAUUAGGACCAGUCCUAGAAGCCUUAACCCCCAGCCAUAUUUACAUCCGUACUGUUGGGAGCCCAAAUCCGCUGGCUUGUAUGCAGAGCAAAGUCAUUUUGUGCGAUUCCACUGCGACAAAACAAAGUGUUGAAGGAUUUUUGAUGGCCUACGCGAGAAAGACGAAUGAAUUACUUGGCUAUGAACGGUACAUUGACACAGCCACGGCUUCUCCCGAGUUUGAGUACAUAAAGAAGGCCAUGAAAUACGCAGAAGACAAAGUUCCCCUCUUCCGUAUUGUAGAAAAAGGGGACCGGUCCCAUCCUCCCCUUUGGGCCACCAUGGAACAAGCAACCACUCUUCCUUACACCAUCACUGAGGAGGAGCUCAUUCUCCGCUUUGACCCAGAUAGACCAGAGCUCAAGAGACACUACAAAAGCUUCCAGAAUAUGGCUCACCUUAUCAGUGAACUUGGGGACCCCCCAGAGAGCUACUUUUACACCAACGACAAGUCUCGAAAUGAAUUCAAACUCGAAUUUGACAAGAUCAAAGCAGCUCGUGAAGACAAAGAAGACUAG